AUGCAAAUCGAGGUUACUUGUCCGGUAAACAUAGCUUUGCUCAAGUAUUGGGGUAAAAGUGAUGAUUUGAACAUUUAUCCGUCCACCUCUUCCAUAAGUCUUACUUUAAACCAGUCUCAUGUCGGAACCAAAUCUACAGUGUUUACAAAGAAUGACCUCAAGGAGUCACUGUUCAAACUUAACGGAAAGAUCAUGCAAUUUCCAGGCAGGCUUUUAGAUGUAAUAAUAGUUGCGCAGUUGCGUUCUAGACUUAACGGGAGGUUGGUCCCUUCUCCCUUUUUGUGUGUGGAAUCCGAAAAUAAUUUUCCGACAUCUGCAGGGAUGGCAUCUAGUGCAUCUGGGACUGCAGCGUUCGCAUUUGCAUUAGGAAAGAUGUAUGGUCUGGAUGGCGACUACACUUCCCUUUCUCGGCGUGGCUCUGGAUCAUCAUGCCGGAGUUUACUAGGAGGGUUUGUGCAGUGGUCUAGCAACCAUGAAGACCACACUUAUCACUCUUCUGUCCAACAGCUGUUUCCUGCAUCGCAUUGGCCAGAGCUUAAAGUUCUUAUAUGCGUUACUAAUGAAAACCCUAAACCUGUUGGCUCGACUGAUGCAAUGCUUCGCUGUGUAAAAACUAGUGAUUUGUUUCGAAAUGGCCGUGUACCAUCUGCUAAAAUACAUGAAAAAGAGAUUAUUUCAGCCUUAAAAAAUCGUGACUUCUCUGCAUUGGCAGAAGCGACUAUGCGUGAAAGUAACCAACUUCAUGCUUUAUGCCUUGAUACCUGGCCACCCUGUAUUUAUCUUAAUGAAUUAAGCCAUUUUAUAAUGGAUUUCGUUCACAACAUAAACAAUUAUUUUAUGAAAAAUGUGGUUGCUUACACGUUUGACGCUGGUCCAAAUGCAUUUUUACUGACUGAAUCACAAAAUAUUUCCAUUGUUUUGAAAUAUCUUGUUGAAUGUUUUGGUUAUACGGUGGGAGCCGAUAGCUUUUUCAAUGAUGCGGAUAAAGUUACCAUCAAAUGUCUGAAUUCAAAUAAGUAUCUGAAAAUUACUGGGAUUCCCUACGGUUUGUCAGAUAAACCAUUAGAUCAGAAUCUCUUGAAAAUAUUGCCCUCUAUUUCUGGUGGUAUUAGAUACUUGAUCAGUACUGAAGUAGGCAGUGGUCCACAGCUUAUAUCAUUCAUUCAUUGAAGAUACUCGAAUCAGUUGGAAAGUGGACAAAUAGAAACACGUGGUCAACUAUUUUUUUGUAAAAUCGUCGUACAUCAAUAGCUGUUGAAAGAUUUAUUUUAAAUCCAUUUUACUGUUUAUUGUUCAUGAUUGUUCAUACUGGCAUUUUGAUUAUUGAUCACAUAUAGCUUGUUCGAUUCCAUUUUUGAAAGCAAGUGAAUAAGUUAGGCUGACCGAUUUUUUUAGACUAAGAAAACCAAGGAAUUUGUGUCAGAACGGUGAUCUAAAUGCAUCUGCGCAAGGACUAACAAUUUUUGUAAUAAAAUUAGUGUUAAGAAUAUGGCUUUAAACAUGAUCACUUACUACCUCCUACGAUGUUAACAACUUAUCUGAUUUAUCCUUUUUGGUGAAAAAACUUGGUCUAAUUUAAGAAUCAAUAAUUUAUUCGUGAUAUCCCGAUUGAGUAGAAAUCUAGAUUUGUGAUGUCCUUGUGACUUUGUGUAAGCCACGUCUUGACAGUCAAUACAUAAAUUAACACAGGUUUUAAAUAGUAUAAAGGAAUCAGAGCAAAAUAUUUUUACUAUGACCAAAAUCAAAUUAGGCGAAAUGAUUCUAUGUGAGAAAUCACUGUGUGUAUAGCGGUGUGUAUCUAUUAAUUGUUUGAGUAAGUAACAAUUAAAUGUAGUUUGGAUAAACAGUCUAGGUGGUGUGGCAACUUGCACUGAUGUACGUACGAAGUUCUACGUUGUUGCUGGCUGACAAACAAUCUAAGUUGGAUCUAUAGCCACGCCUUGUACUAUAUUUGAGGCAAGAGGAAUUUACCAUUAUAUAAAACAUUUCAGCUACUUAUCUUUUUUAUAGCUGGAAAAGUCUUUUUGAACUAUUUUGAUAUCAAUUCACUGGUUAUUGAAAAUAUUAUGUGCCGUAGAUUUUUCAGCACUACAUGAUUAUUAAGCCUUUUCGUGCAGCUUAAGUAUUACUUGGGACGGGUCUAGAUUUCACGAGAGGACUUCAAUCUAUAAUGCCUCACAGUCGAAACAGCCUAAUACUCAGAUACAACUCUAUGUAGAUGUAAAUUGGAUAUUUUAUUUAAUUCGAACUAAAGCAUUUCGUAAAGUUCGUAGACAUGUAGAAAGGUAUAAUUAUGUACAUUUUUAGGGUGUUUUAACGAUUCUGUCGGACAGUGGAGCUGAGGUAAAACUAUAGUAUAGGUUAUUUGAAGACAAAUCCUUUCGUUUUGACAUGCUUUUAUUAGUGUUUAUAUAAAGUUAAUUAAAUCGUAAGAUAUCCGUUUUCGUUUUUUUUCCGUCAGUUUAUCUUCUGAGGUAACAAUAAUGGUAGCUCAUCUGAAUAGAUUCAGAGCUAGGGAAAUAUUCGCACUGAAGGGAUGUGCAGAGUUGAAACCGAUAUACCGUUUUGAAUGUGUCAAUUUUCGGCGUAUGGUUAGAUUUUGAUCAGAAUUUGUUGUAACUAGACAGUAAGAAUGGCAAAUGACCGCAUUCAUUUUAGUUUUCAAAAGUGAGUUGGAUGUCACCUAAGCGUAUUUAUCAAUUUAGCAAACUUUCUAAGGAGAGUUAAUAAUGAUGAUCGAUGUGUCAUCUAUAAACUAAUUCAUUGCCAUAAUGUGGUGUUUGCAUGAACCAAUGAUUCCUUUGUACUUGAUGACUGCUUGAUUUCGAAUUUAAAUUACAAUACAUCCAUCCGUCCCCAUAAAGUUCUUAUUUAAAUUGCGUUAUUUCUGGGAUUCCUAGUUUGUACUAUAAUUCAAAUACUUCUAAUUAUCGUAUAGGCGUCUCGACAGAACAGUUGGGCAUUCAACUUCUAAAGCUUUUGAGUUUUAUUUGGAAAGGUUUGAAAUCUGGAGCAUGAGCGAGAAAGGUGUGAAGGGUGAGGAAAUUGUGGCACAUUUACUUACAUUCAUCGGUAGAGAAGCCUACAUUUUAUUAAAGACCGGCAUACCAUAAAAGCCUGUCUCACUUAGAGAGCUACCAUUAAAUCAUGUAAAGUGCACGUGUUAAAAUUUCGUGAGAGAGCAAAAUUCCAUAAAAUGAUUCGUCAGAAUGACUAAAAGGUUAGGAACUUCAUCCUUGAAUUGCAAAAACAAGCUGCCAAGUGCAGUUUUUAUGACCAACUUCAUGUGCAGCUAAGGGAUGCGUUAAUUCCAGCAAUUAACAUAGCAUAUCUGAAAAACACUUAACAGUACUGAAUUGUCCCUUUCAAUAUGCUAGAACUGCAUGUAUCAACUGUGAAGUAGUGAAUGAACUUGAUACCUAGUCGGGUGAAAAUUUCUAAUAUACUGAUCAGUCGUCAUGAUGAAACACAGUCUCAGAGCUGAUCAGACUUGCGUUUGUUUAGUAGUUAUUCCUAUUCUCGUAUAAAUAUAUAAGGUGAGAGCAAGUUUGGUAAAUGUUUGUCCUGUGGCAAAUUUCAUUCUCAUAAUUCAUAUACAUUCCGUAAAGCUAAGUGUUUUAAAUGCGAUAAGAUAGGGCGCAAAACUAUUGUUCAUUUCGCUUCAAGUAGUACUAAACCAUGUAAUUUAAAUCAUCAAUUCGGGUGCCUUUAUUGAUCAUUUAUCUUAAUCCAUCAUUUCGAAAGGUAAUGCUCAUUUAAAAGCUAUUGUAUACAUCCCUUGGUUCAUUUCAUGAUAGGCAGUAAAGAGUUCAUUCUAGAACCUAAUGUUGUGGUACGACCCACUGAAGUCUCGAUUUCGGGGAUUAUGGACACACUGUCCAUACGAGGAUGCUGUGAAUUGCUUAUUAGAGAUGAUGAUUCUUCAUACACGCCUUGUGAGUUUUUAGUUAGCGAAACAUGACUGUCAAUACUGAGUUUGAAUAUUUUGAAAAGGUUCACAGUUGUGUUGUUCUUACUAGUUUCCGAAGAAAAGUCUGAUGUUUUAAUUCAACAUUUGAUAGCUAAGUGCACUAGAGGUAUGAAAAUUCGGCCUAUAAAGCUUCAAAUACGAAUAAUUCCUUAUCGUCUUCGAGAAGCAUUACAUAAGACAUUGAAGGGUUUGUGUGCGAAAGGUAUAGUUGGAUCGGUUGUCUUCAGCAUAUGGUACUCCUAUUGUUACACCAUUGAAGUCGGAUGGCAAGACCCCUAGAAUAUAAGAUGACUAUAGUUUAUCACUGAACUCCUGUUUACUGAAGCAAACGUACACGACGGUAGAGGCUGAAGGUAUUUUAAAUCGACUUCAUGACUCGAAUGUCGACUUAAAAGAUGCUUAACUUCAAAUCCCUUUAGAUUAAUCUUCAUCUAUUUUGACGACAGUUAACUCUACUUUUGAUGUGUCCAAGUAUAAGUUACUUCCAUUUGGUUUAAGUUGUUCUCCAGCCAUGUUUCAGGAAGUUAUGAUUAAGGUAGUCAGUGAUCUUGAGGUUUAUUAAGAUGAUCUCAUUGUUCGUGGUUCUGAUAAGGUAGUUCAUGACUAGACUUAUUGCGUCGUUUAAUCGAAAAGAAUAUUACCGAGAAUCCAAAUAAGUGUUCAUUCUGUGUAUCUAAUUUCGAAUGCCUUGGAUACCCUGUUGAUAGUAAUGUCUUAAAACCAGAUAUGAAACGACUAGCACCACUGACAUGCACCUUUUCCAAAAGUCUUACAGGACUUCGUUCAUUGAUUGGUGCUCUUCGAUGCUAUCCCCGUUUUCCCUAGUUUUUCUUGUAAUAUCAAUUGUUUAAUAUUUUGACAUCCAAAUCAUUCAAUGGGGUGAGAGCCAGUCAUACUUACGAAGUCUACUAAAGUUUCUUCAUUGUGGUGCUGUUCUUCGAACUCACUCCCCUAAUGUACAUUCUGUACUUAUUACUGAUAUAGCAACUCACGUGCAAUUGAGUUUGUUCUCAUUUAACACAGUUAAGCACUUUCGUUGACUUAUUUAGCGGACAGAGCAAUCCGUACUAUAACAACUUAUUGUACCUUUAUUAUUGUUGUGUUUGUAUGAAGUAUAUAUGCUUGAACAUUGAUUACUGCCUACGCAUAUAUUCAUUUUGCUAGCUUUAUAUAUAUAUAUGUACAUUUACACUCUCCGUUCGCUGACUCAUUCAUUUGCCUCUCGGCUUUGUGGUCUGAGUUAUCUACUAAUAAAGCUGUAGUCGCUGCUUCUCUUUGCCUUCUGAUUUCAAACACAGUUGAGUAUUAUAGAUAACGGUUACGAGGGUGAUUGGUCAGCGAAGCACAGUUACUACAGAACUGGUAACCCCGACAUGAGAACAGGAAACGACUUUCGACAAUAUAAUCAAAUUCCGAAAAUUCAACGCACUUCGUCUCAAUUUGGAUCAUCAUAUGGACUAUAAUCAUAACUGUGUAUUUACUAUAUUACUAUUUUAGUUACACGUACAUUAUUUCACAAACAUUAUUGAACGUGACGAUAAUAAUCUUGAUAAAUAACAAUUAUUCACAGACAAUUGAUAUAUUGAUGCAAUUUAGUAAUUCUGUUCUGUUAUAAAUUGUACCAUUUGUUAUUAUUGUUUUUUACCAUUCAUUUUUCUUUAUGACACAUUAUAUUCGUAUGCUAUUUAAAUUUUUUAUAAGUAUGUCUUCCGAAAACAUUCAAGUUUACAGCGAACCCCGUCCGUGAGGUCUCUUAAUCUUCCGAAACGAAGCUUUGGUUUAUUAGACUUGAAAAUUAUUUUAUGACUAACUGCAUUAACUUACAAAGAGAUUAAUUCGGCCUCACAAGCACACUCCUUCCAGAUGAAGUAGGAGAUAGCGUAUGACAGGCGUUAGCGAAACCAGACACUGAAAGCCAUACAACGUGCUAAAGCAAGCAGUAAUUAAAACUCUCUCUAAGUGACCAACAAUUUGUUGAGCAGCUCCUCAUUCAAGUACAAACGGGGGAUAGAACUCCGUCACAGAUGAAUAGUUAUAUGAAAAGCCUGCUGGGCAAUAGGCAAAUAGACAAUAACCUGUUUUGUCAACUGUGGCUUCUCCGACUUCCGUUAAAUGUACAGCAGAUCCUAGCCGUCGGACAUACAGACGCCGAUAUAGACAACAUAGCAAAAAUGGCCGAUAGAAUAUAUGAAAUAACCAAGCAUACAAGCCCUCCGUUACACAGCGUGACGAGAGAUGAUAGGAUUAGUACUCUGCAGAAAGAAACAAAUGUUUUGUGCCGCAAGCUCACACAAUUAACACAGAGCGAAAGGCCACGAAGAUCACGAGAUUGCUCGCACGACAGAAACCGAUCAGCUUCUAGGCGGCGCACAGCUCCCUUGAUGUGCUGGUAACAUUAAAUGUACGGCUAUAGAGCUAGGAAGUGUUUACAGCCUUGUAGAUUUGGCAUAACAGGUAAGCGAUACCCACGAUUGUCCAUGGCGACGGCAUCAACGAACGUAAUUCCUACAAGUAGUCGCCUGUUUUAUACACAAGGUCGAACGACAGGCGCGCACUUCCUAAUUGAUACUGGAGCGGAAAUCAACGUAGUACCGCCAGUAAGCGAAGAGAGAAGGAAUGUUAAUGCGUCACUGGUAUCAGAACAGCGAACAAAUCCGAUGUCAAGACAUACGGCAAACGAGAGUUGUCCUUAGAUUUCAGACGAGGCGCUUCGUACCGCUGGGACUGUCAUAACAGAUGUAUCAGUGCACAUAAUAGGCAUCGACAUUGGAUGCUGACCACAUGUUUUAAUGGACUCACUUACUUGAAGGCGCUCGGUCAUGCAUCCGCAUCAGAUCACGUGUGGGAACGUUGUGGUCAACAUCUACUGCAAUUGCUAGCCAGACCAUUCGUCAAAUACAACUUCUGAUCUCCUCGAUUCUGUCUUUUGAUUUCUCUUGGUGGGUACGAGUUAUAUUAGAAGGUAUUACUGGUAAGAGCACAGAUCAAAUUGCAACACUACGGACCAUCGUCGAACAAUCAGUUGAGUGGAACUCAUCACUAUACAUCAACUUCAUUGAUUAUGAAAAGGCAUUCGACAGUGUAGAUAGGAAGACAUUAUGGAAACUUCUUCGACACUACGGAGUUCCUCAGAAGAUUGUCAAUAUUAUCCGGAACUCAUACGACGGACUACAGUGCAAAGUAGUGCAUGGAGGACAGCUGACAGAUGCGUUCCAAGUAAGGACCGGAGUCAGACAAGGCUGUUUACUCUCUCCCUUCCUCUUUCUUCUGGUGGUCGACUGGAUUAUGAAGACCUCAACAUCUGAAGGAAAACACGGAAUACAAUGGACAGCUCAGAACCAAUUAGAUGAUUUAGACUUC